AUGUCAUUUUUCAAUAGAAUCAUAGACAAAGCAAGGAUAGGUGGCAGCCAUACACCACAACAGAUACCAUCCGAUCCAUCGCCUGCAACCACUAUCGAGCGUAAUACUCGACACAGCAACCCUUAUAGUGACGGAGGGUACUUUCGUCAUACAUCAGAACCAUCGACUGCUAUCGACCACCACCAAGUGCUAUCGACCACAUCAACAAGCACAAACCACGUUGCUACACCUGAUGACCAUAGCAAUGAUUCAUCUUUAUCGUCAUGGCUUAGUAGUCGUCUAUCCAAGACGCCUUCAGAACACGCUAGCGCACAGCAAUCAAUGGAACAUCAAGAAGCCCAGUAUAAACGCUCUCGGCUACAGAAGAAAUACCAAGAAUAUGAUCAAGACAUCGUAUCCCAACGAAAGAAUCGGCCACGUCUCCAGUUGAGCGAUUUCAAUUUGCUACGCACACUUGGGACAGGUUCUUUUGGACGUGUGCAUUUGGCUCAGUCGCGUCAUAAUGCACGCUACUAUGCUAUCAAGGUGUUGAAAAAAACCGAGGUGGUGCGAUUGAAGCAAGUGGAGCAUACAAACAAUGAAAAACACAUCCUUGAAGGAGUGGCCAAUCCAUUUUUGGUCAACCUGUGGGGGACUUUUCAAGAUGAUAGCAACCUGUACAUGGUCAUGGAUUAUGUGCCUGGUGGUGAGCUUUUCAGUGUAUUGAGAAAGAGCAAGCGGUUUCCGGAUCAUGUGGCCAAGUUUUAUGCAGCGGAGGUGAUACUGGCUCUCGAGUACCUGCAUAGCAGGAGGAUUGUGUACCGCGACCUUAAGCCUGAGAACCUACUAUUGGAUUCCAAUGGUCACAUACGCAUCGCUGAUUUUGGAUUUGCCAAGCUUAUACCUGACAACGUGACAUGGACGCUAUGUGGUACACCGGAUUACUUGGCACCUGAGAUUAUUCAAUCCAAAGGCUAUGGAAAAUCGGUUGAUUGGUGGAGUCUAGGUGUGCUGAUUUAUGAAAUGCUGGCAGGGUAUCCACCUUUUUAUGACGACGACCAUUUAAAACUCUAUGAAAAGAUCAUGCAUGGCAAGAUUCGAUGGCCAAGUUACUUUGAUCCUAAUGCCAAAGACUUGUUGGCAAGGUUGUUGACAUCGGAUUUGACGCGUCGCUAUGGCAACCUCAAGAGUGGCGCUGAGGAUGUCAAACGACAUCCAUGGUUUACAGCGGUGGAUUUUGAUCUUGUGGCGAGUCGACAAAUCCGGGCACCUUAUAUCCCGCACAUCCGCGGCAAUGGCGACACGAGUCAUUUUGAUAAAUAUCCCGAGGCAACCGAACGCUAUGGUGCACCUGCAGAUGAUCCUCAUCGCCAUCACUUUCCUGAUUUUUGA